AUGUCCUCUUGCAUGGAGGGUAUCGUGGGUUCGCCACUACAUGGACCGGGCGCCAUCCCACCGCGCGCCAGGUCGCCCAUAGGCACCACGGCCGCGGUCUUGAUGGCAGACAGUUCGCGGUGUUCGGUGACGAAGGAUUUGGUGCAAAACCUCUACACGCUGAAUCGCGAGGCGUCUGCCCAACAGGAUGCCAUCACACAGCAGACCUUCCAGCACCUGUACGCCCAGAACCGGGCUCUCCAGCAGAUGCUCGAGGACCGAAGCGCCGAGUGGAAAAAGAUGCUCGACGAAGCGACCUUGCAAUGGAACCGAGAGUUGUUGGAGGCCACGAAACAGUGGGAGGAAAGGGUAAACCGCGUGACGGACAACGUCACCAACCAGUUUCAACAGCUGCAGACGAUGAUUGCGAAGCGGGAUCAGGCGGUGAUUUAGGAUUUUGUGAUUUUGGUGCUACUGGAGCUAAUGUUUUGUUUCAUGGAACCAAAGUUGGCAUCAUCUUCAAUGCCAUGUUGCAUAUCUAUGUUAUAUCUUAUUCCAGCAGGAGCGAGUGCGUCGAGCGUAUUCGGAAAAAUCGAAAAUCACAGACGCAAGAUGAAUUCGCCCAGCUACGUGCCCACAUGGUAAACGAACACGCUAGCCUUCAGACGCUUCACGACCGUGCUGACAAGACCAUGCACGAGCAAAACCUGCGGUUGGCAGCGUUAGAGCAAGAAAUCGAGGAGGCGGUACAUUGACCACUAAUUUGAAAAAUGCACGUGGCGCACCUUAAGUGCAAUAAAGUUCUUUAGCGUUUUUCCUCUUCAUAACGGCGUUUUUUGCUUUUGAUACCCAACCUCAGCCCGCUGUUGCUGACUCCGUGUAAUUUAUUUCUACACGAACGACCACACACCUCAGGCCCGCACGAAGGCGCUGGAGCAGACGGUAAACGGCCUCGCAAAGGACCUGCGCGACAUGAACACCAAGGUGGCCGGAAGCGAGUCCACGACGAACCAGAACAUGAACCGCAUGAUGCAAAAUGUGCAGAACGUCCACGAAACGCUGCUGCAAGAGAUCAACGGGAGCCGGUCAGAGAUGCUGGAGAGACACAGCAAUUUGGAGGACCAAGUGGGGUCGCACGCGAAGAAGCACGAAUACAGCUUCGCGGCGCUGCAGAAGGAGCUCCGCAGCGGUCACGAAUUCGUGCAGAAGGACCUGGAAAAGUCCAAAGACGAGUUCGGCGCGAAGCUGCACACCAGCCACAUGGCUUUGGACAAGCAGAUUCUGGGUUGCGUGAAGGACUUCGAUUUGAGGCUGACACGAGUGCUGGAAGAGGUGAAAUCGUGCGAACUCCGCACAAAGGAGGGCUUUAGCAACGCCUCCGCCGACGUCGCGCAGGUGCGGACGACCAUACUGCAAAAGGUGCACGAGGAGGAGACUACGCGGGACCACUUGCUGGCGCAAGUGCGGGACGCGAUAGACUACACCAAUAAGGGCUUCGAGCAGCGAACCGACGAGCUCGGGAAGAAGCUCGAUGCCGAGCAGCGGGCCAGAAACCAGGAGUGCUCCGCUUUGGGCAUGACGAUGGGCGACGUGCAGACAAAAGUGGACGAAGCCUUUCAUGAGCUCAGCAGUUUUCGCCACCAAGCAAAUUUGGAAUUCAUUAAAGAGAAGCAGUUAGCGGAUUCUGUCAACGAAGUCACACAGAAAGUCUUGGUGGAGGUAUUUAUUUUUCAGAAGAUUUUUUGCGUCACAUCGCUCGCAAGGUUUUUCGGGUUGCUCCGUUCUGCUGGUAGUACGACGAUGAUCAACUUGCGAUGUCUCUGCUUGCGAAAAAGGGUAAACAAGGCAUCUGGCUACACUAACAUCCUACAUACAGGCAAAUCGCCGCAACGCGGAGAACGAGCAGCUUACCGCAGCUCUGUACGACGUGAAGGCGGGUAUGGCGGAGAUAGACAAACACUCGACCAGCAGGACGCAAGACUUGGAGAAAAUCGUCGGACAACAGAAGGGCGACCUGAUGGCCCGCUUCGACGAAGUGUGGAACGAGCUUCAGGUGCAGCAGCUUACCAAUCAGAAAAUCGAGGGCACCGUGGCGCAGCACAACGUGGAACGAGUAAAGGACAACGAUAAGCGCAAAGUCGAGAUAUCGGAUCUGCGGGACUGGUGCGAAAAGACGACACAGGUAUCUAUGCAUAAAUAGGCAAGCAAAGGGGUCGUAGCCGGCUUCCCUUGGCCUUUUCUUGUGUGAAAGGAAGUGUUUGCGCUCGUCAGAAGGGAGUGGCACACUGAAUUAAAGUCAAGUCAUGAUAGAUUCGCCAAAAAAAAUCAAGGCCAUCUCCGGCGAAAUGGAGCGACGAGUCCAGCAGGGUUGUGACUUGCUCUCUUCGGAGCAGCAGCGCGCGGAAGAUAGCCAGACGGACAAAAACCGGCGCGUGGCCGAGGACAUAAGGCGUCUGCAGAGCGGUUUGUCCUCGGAAGCAAACGUGCGCAUGCUGGAUGUCGAAAACGUGUUUGCCCGUAUGCAGAUGCUGAAGGAGGAAAUCAUGGCCCAGGUGGAUUCGGAGAAGCGGCAGCGGAUCCUAGGUGAGGAAAAGCUGAGCACGGACCAGACGCAGGUUCGGAGGCUUCUGCAAACGAAUUCUCCAACGCAGAACGUCGGGUCCAGGCUGUUUGACCGGUCAGGACCAGGUAUAACGCAGUUCUUGUCAUGCAUCAAAAGAAAUUUGUAUUCGAAUUCGAUUCUUUUUCUUUUGCUGGUGCUGGUGCUGGUCAGACGGUAAUCGCAGUAGCAACAUCUUCGCUGGUAAAUAAUGCUUCAAAGAGCGAAGGCUCGACAAUUUCUGAAAAAUUGCGUCCUCUUGUGCCUUAACCAAAAAAGGUAACAUGGUUUCGCCGAUACGAGGCACCGCAGACCCGACGUUCCUGUUCGGAGACGGAAAUUCAAGCUGGCUUUCCGGCGCCGGGUCACCGCCUAGAUAGGUUCCGUCGAUUAUCUUGGUAGUGAAAAACAAAGAAUCUUUAACUUUUCAUCAUUAGCUUCAAUUUCAGAAUUUGGGUACAGAAAAUUUUGUACAAUGUUGACCUUCUUCUCAGUGAACGUUUCGUCCAAAAUUAAAUCAAUGCUAGAACAAUGUAUAACUCGAUAAAAACCUUCCGAAUUAUGUACAUCACAUUAGCCUGAUACGCCUUCGAUAUCAUCGCUUUAUUGGGACGAGUAUAUCAUCUUGAUUGAGUUACGUAGUCGUGAUCAACACAAACCCUUGGAUGAUUCAGAAAAGUGAAAAUCAUACGUAGAAGACGAGGUCAUCCUCAUCUCGUAAUGUGCCAUAAUAAUUAGCAACGAAAAGCAAAUGCACGUCAAAUGAACCCUUGUAAGAUGUAAGUCUAAGCAGAACUACUUGAAAAGCCAUCGUGGCCAAUUGAGGAGGUACACGAGGAGUAUCACAAUUGGAGGCCUGCGCCUGCCUGCACGUAGGCGGCCGAUGCGGACGGCACGGCAGUGUAUCAUGUGUUUUUUCGAC